GGACGCUGUAACAGAAAACCCAACCGGUUUCCGUUUCCGGUAAUGAACGUCAACAACACUGAAAGACGAAUAGGAGAAAUUCCAACCCUGGUGUACGACCGCUCGUUCCAUAUUCAAUUUGCUAUGCUCUGUCUAAUCACUAAUUUGCAUCCCAAGAGUUGUCAGAUUAACGAGGCAUCUGUUCUGUGAAGUGCUCAGUUUUGAGCCACUACUAGCACCACAGCAUCGGUGCUCCCCUGCACUGAGCCAUCACCAUGGAGACGGACACAGAGGUUAUUCCUAUAUGGCAGAACAAGCCUCAUGGAUCUACUCGAAGUGUUGUGAGAAGAAUAGGCUCAACUCUUCCACUCAGACCUCCGCAACGAGCAUGUUUUCAGGAACUGCCAGGUCUACCCUCUCUUCGCCCUAUGGAUGGCCCAAUGGUUCCCACCUUAGCAGAUAUCGCCUGGAUUGUUGCAGAUGAAGAGGAGACGUAUGCCAGAGUGCGAAGUGAUGCUCGCCCUUUUAAGCACGAAUGGAGGCCCACGCCUCUCCUGGUGCUCCACAGAAACUCAUCCGUACCCAACUUCCGGCGUGAGGGCAAGCGAGUGGAAGGGCUGAAGAAGCCCGGGGUGACGGCGCUCAACCGCACCACCGCCCUGCAGGAUGAGCUGAGCAGGCUCCGAGCACAAAUUGCAAAGAUUGUGGCCGGUGAUACUGGCUCCAACCCCUUAACCCCUGACCUUCUUUCUCCCGAUGACACCACCAUGAGCUUCUCUAUGGCUCCCUUCGAGACCGCCCCUUAUCAACCGGCCACUACGGCAGCUGCCUCAUUUGUCAUCAGCGAUGUCACCGAAGAAGAGGAGGAGGAUGAGGAAGAAGAAGACAAUGACAAGGACAUGGUAUCCGUGGUGUCCGAGUUGGUCCCUGACCCAAUGCCGCCGAUCUCAAUGACGGCGUCGGCGACUUUCGACCUGGACAGGCCCAGCAUGGACUACCGUGAGGCGGAGGAGGACACGGUGUCACUGUCCAAGUCCACCAGCUUUGCAGAUGUUAUGGACAUCCUGAAGGACAUGAACCGCAUGAAGAUGAGCAAAGACAGGUACAACAGAGGCUGCACGUCUUUGAGAGAGGAGGACUCGGCCUCUCUGAUCUCUGAAGCUCUGAGAAAAAAGUUUGUCUUGAGGGAAGAAGACACCUUGUCCAUGAAGCGGAAGUAGCCUGCCUUUCCUCGUCCAUUCUCACCCUACUACUCCGCGCCUUUCCCAUGAACUGUCAUGGACCACAACCUCGCUCCUCAGACCUCAGUGCAAUAGCUGCCCGCCACAGUUAGAAACACAAAACAAAUGUGAACUUUCAGAACUGUAUCACAUAAUAUUUUUUUUCCACGUUUCAAUGUGUUCUUAACAGACUGGUUCAUCUGAGGAUGGACUAAAUGGACCUUUAGGAAGCGUUUUUUUUUUUUACCCCUCCAGGUUUAAAAAUGAGUCUUUUUGCAUUUGGUUUUAAAGGUUUUUAAUGAAGAAUUUCAGUUGUAUGCCGUACUUGAUAAACUACGGGCUGCAUUUCGUGUUUAUACAAGCUAUAUUACGAUUUAAAGUGUGUGGCAACUUUAUCUUGUGUGAAUAUAUUUCAGUAUGCAACAGAUUUAAGCUUGUGCCAGCCUAUUAGGUGAAGAAAAGUCAGCGGUAUGUGUGUUUUACAUAUCUCUGACAGUGGUUUGAACUUUUUUCACCAAUUAACACCUUAGUAAACAUUUGGCUCUUUAAGUACCACCGUAUUGACCAACAUUAAAAUGCAGUACCGAAGUAGCCCUAAAUUUUCAUUAAAAACUAGGCCUAGGGUUUAGUAUAUUUAAUAUUUUGGCCGCUGUCACAUUACACACAGUUUGAACAGUAACACUGUUUGAAUAUAGGAGAAUAAAACACUGCACUUAAUAAUUCAAAUAAAAAUAAUUGCAAAUAAACUGCGUACUACAGUUUGAGGAUCACUGCUCUAUAGGAACCUGCCAGUUUGAAGGAAUAUUCCUAAUGACGCCUUACUGUCAUUUGCCUGACUUUACUCUCCCAACUGUGCCAUUUUGAGUUUUUUUCAACACACCCCAUGUUGCCUAACAUUUUGGGUUCCCUUUAAUUUCGUAAAAGGUCAUCAGCUUGCUCACUAUUGGAAAGACACAAAAAAUACCUUUUAAUAUUUUGAAGGGGAAAAUAAACUUAACAUAAUAUUGGAAAGACACAAAAAAUACCUUUUUAAUAUUUUGAAGGGGAAAAUAAACUUAACAUAAAUCGACUUUUUAACUUGCAUUGCUUUUUUUUGUAAAUAAAGUUGGACUGCUGUAUUGAAGUAGUGUCUUAUUAUGGAUGCCCUCCAUGCAGUGUGAGAUGUUGCCACAAGGAGGCAGUGUUACACAAGUUUCCAGUUCUAAAACACCUUCAUAGAUCCCCUUCCAACUUCCAAUAUAUUUGAGUCGAAGCUCCAAAGUCUUUUCUCAAAGAUCACUCCCAACAAAACAUCUCUUUUGUUUCCCUUAAUGAUGUCGUCCCUGAGUGAGACACGGUCUAUUUUCUGAGAGUCCUUGACCCACUUCACCCACACUAUCGUCUGUGGAGGCCCCUGUUAAUGAGACUUAGUCAAAAUUAGAAUCACGUUAAAUAUAGAUGAGGACGGCACACUUUCCUGUGAUGAGACCCGUUUAGUAUUGAGUUACAUUAUCUACCUGCUGUGAUUAUCCAAUGUGUUCAUUACCCCACCUGUUCUCCCUCAUCUUUGUUGGACUACGCACCUCUUUCGACCGCUACACCUGUGUCAGUUGCCCCGACCUGUGUUCUUAACCCUACCUGUUUAUUACACCUUCCUGUUUUACUUCGGUCACCUGUUUCAAUUGCCUCAGUUGUGUUUACAGCCACACCUGUUUCGACUGCUUUACUGACAGGUCUCAAUUCCCACGGCCUUUAGUGGAUUUUUCCAUCCGUUUCAAUUUCCUCAGAUUUGUUGACUUCCCCAACUACUGCCUGAUCUUCCCCCCAUGUAUCAUUUGCCACUACUUGUCAUAAUUGCUACACCUGUUACAAUUUCAGGCGUGACACCUGUGUUAAUAACCUCACCUGUGUCAACAGCCGUACCCACACUUUAUUAAAUUUUUGGAGUUUUGAUUGUUUUA